UAGGCCCAACAAGCCCACUGCCCUUCAACAUGUUGGUGACUUUGCAAACAUGGUCAAGGCAUUUAUUGGCUCCAACUACCUUGCUUUGCCUUUUGCAUUUAGUCAGAGUGGACUUGGUUUUGGACUUGGUGGCUUACUUAUUAUUGUUGCCAUGACAGAUUACUGUUGUCAGCUAUUAGUCAAAGUAAAACAUAUUGUGGUUAAUAAUAUAGUUGACACAAAAAGAAUUCAAGAAAAAAUUGAAAGAGCCUCAAGUAUAGCAAAUGCAUCAACAUCAUCUUCGUCAUCGUCUUUUACUUCACCAUCGCCUGCAGCAUCAAGUACAGCAGAAGAGGAUGAACUAGCCAUUCACUCUUUUCACCAGCAAGUUGCUAAAUCACUCAGCUAUCAGGAUAUUGGACGUAUAGUCUUUGGAACCCCUGGAUCAGUAAUAGUACAAAUGUGUUUGCUUCUCACACAAUUUGGUUUCUGCAUUGGUUACUUUGUGUUUCUUGGUAACACUAUUUAUUCUAUGUUCCCAGUGAAAAUAGUGGAGACUAAUACAAGUAUGCCAGAUAUAAAUGUUACCCAAAGUUUACCACAAUUGGUAACUGUAUUACCUGGAUUGAGCACCUCUACAUCAGAAUCCAUUCAAAAUGGUUCCAUGGGAUUUUAUAGUACUCGUAGUUCAUUGAACAGUCAAGUUUACAGCAAACAUAAGACAGAGACGAUAAGGAUAUCAUCAACUGUUUCAGCAACCACACAGGCAUACCAACCCACCAGUUUGGGGACAACCAGAACACCCAAUACACAGGGAACACAAACAACCUUUACAACACCUAAAAUUUUUAACAGCAGUGAUAAUUCUGAACACCAAACCAUUAUGUCAAAUUCUUCUGAAAUAUCUCAUUUAUUAGAAAUGACAGAAGGAAAAGAAGGAAAAAUUUUAACAGAUGCAAACUCUAGUAUGGUAGCAGGCAGCAGCCCAAGUUAUGUGUCUGAUGACAAUGUCAAUGAUACAACCAGUGACUCUAGCAUUAAAGCAGGUGGUAAUUUCAGUGUUGUUAAUGGUAGUUCAAGUGAUACUUUCACACAGAAUAGUAACUCCAGUGACAGUUUCACCCAGAAUAGAACCAAGCGGUUUGUGGAAAAUAUAGAUGACAGAAGGGUUACAAUUCCCAUAUAUUUGCCUCAAGAGACCAUGUCCAGCCUUACGAGCAGUGCCACCAUUGGGAACCAGACAGUAAUCAGCACAGCCCCUGCCUUGCAGUACCUAGUGUUGGUUCCUGGACCUGUGUUCAUCUUCUUCUCAUGGAUCAGACAUGUGAGGAGUAUGGGGCCUAUCAGCCUUAUCGCUAAUUUAGCCAUCUUUGCAGGGUUUGUGUCUGUGCUCUGCUAUUUGAUUGUAGGUUUCACAGUAUCAGAAAGUGUAGUGUGGUUCAAACUGGAAACCUUCCCCAUCUUCUUUGGUCAGGUGACCACUGCAUAUGAAGGAAUUGGACUUAUUAUACCCAUAGAAUCCAGCAUGGAAAAUAACAGACACAGCUUUGCAUCAUUCCUCCAUG